AUGUCACCUUAUGCAAUAUAUUUGACGGAAGAUGAUCAGAAAGCUUUAUUCGAAUUGAUAACUGAAGCAAGAAAGGAAGGUGCUGACGAAGGAACUAUCAAAGGUUAUAUGUAUAAAUAUAUACAAAAACUCCUUUCGCCAGAGAAAUAUAAAGAGUUCACAGCAGCAAAUGAAGAAUUUGAAGAAGAAAGGCGCCGAAAUGUAUGUAGAUCAGAUUCCCGACAGCCCAAGACUGGAUGGGAGAUUCCUCAGAAAGUGAUAAAGAAUAAUAAGUACUUGCCAAUCAACCAAAUGUCGUAG